CAUUGAUGCCGUGAAACAUUCCUUCUUCCACACGGCUCUAUUUCACACAGUUCUUCAUGUACUGCAUUAUUGAAUGCAUUUGCCUUUUUCCCCACCAGUCCUCAAAGAUCUAGUUCGAUUAGGAUCUUGUUUUCUUAUUACUCGAGAAGAUUUGGAAUCAGUGCAAGAUCAGUUUGUACAGAUUUUGCAAUCUGCAACUUGGUUAUCCUAUUAAUAUCUCAAGAGAUUCUGUCAACCCUAAUCCUCUAUCCUCUUUAAAGCCCGUCUCAGAUCCAAUCUGAGAUAUAUCCUUUCUGCAGCAAAUCUCCUUGCCAACUUGGGCUUAAAACCCAACAACCCUAAUCACUAAUAUUCGCUAUACAAUGACUUUCUUCCCAAAUAACGAAUUUGACCUGUCGGAUUUCAAUUCCAUCUCAUUUCAACCAGAGAAAGCUUACAAAAAUGCUCUGGACUUCUAUAUUCAGGAGUUUUCACAAGAUGGUUUUGGUAACCCCAGUUCAAGUAGCGUUGGGAAGAAGGCAGGCUCUCAACCCAGCAAGCAGAUUAUUCACAAAAUGAUUGAAAGGAAGCGGCGGAAGGACAUGAAUUUUCUCUACUCAGAGCUGAGGUCACUACUUCCGGAUGAAAGAAUUCGGGGAAACUGUUCAGUAUCAGACCAACUGGACGAAUCUGUUAAUUACAUCCGUCAUCUAGAGCAACAGAUCAAAGAUCUAAAGAAGGAAAGAGACAAGAAGAACACUCGUGCAGGUUGCUUUAAGGGCGUUGAAAUAUCCGAGCCGCUGGAAUUUCAUGAUGAGGGUUUCCCAUCAAUUAAAACAAAGUCAUUCGGUUCAGCUGCAUUUCAGGUAUAUGUAAACUCGAUCCAGAAUCAGAUUGCCUUGUCCGAUGUUCUUCUGGUGUUGGAAGAAUGCAGAGUUGAAGUUGUGAGUGCUGCUUCGUCUGUGGCUAAUGAAAAAGUCUUCCAUACCAUACAUGCCAAGGUAACAGACGAUAGCAUUGCUAAUAUCGACCUACUGUAUGUUAAACUUCAGCAUUUGAUCAGAGGGGUGUCAUUGACAAAGGAGGCAUGGCAUUCUCAAAUACAUGAGAAAUGCGUUACACAACAAGGCAUCGUACGAAGAAGAGUCAGACAACCAUGAGAAGGUAUAUUGAUUUCACUUGCUGAGCUUGAAGGCAUAUAGAAAAGAUGCUUAGCCGCUAUUUUAAGAAUGCAUCACUGUAAAAAUAAUGAUGGGCUAUGUGAAGUAAUGCUGAUGAGUGUGAAUUUUUUCAGAAAGGUGUUAAAAAGGUAGUUUAAGGGUUGCUGAUUAUUUUGUUUAAUUAGAGAAAUCUUUUUUGAAGCAUGUGAGAUGAAAUAGA